UUCAAUGAAAGCGCGGAUGGACUCUGUCUCUGUCUCUCCCUCUCUCUGUGUCGGUAAUCAUUGAAGUUUUUUGUUUUAAUAUCAAUUUCCUCUGCAUUCAAUUAAUCACAAACAAGAGAUUCCGCUGAGUAGAGCGAAACUGAACAGAGAGGGAAGGAUUUCAAGUCCAAACUAAAGUGCCAGGGAAAGCAAGUAGAAGUGAAGAGCAUUUCAGCACCAGGAGAGGAGGACAGCGACCAGGACACGCGUCCAAGGGAGUCCAGUUGCAGGAGUGAGAACAAUGGCACAAGCAAGAUAAGGCAUGGCAACGGAAGCCAAGUGUCUGAAAUCGGCUUUCAUUAAGGAUCACUAUGUCUGAGACACCCCGUCGCUUGAGCUCCAUGAACAGAUCCCACUGGUUCAGCGGCGAUCCCGAAGUGACGGGUCCCACAAUGGACACUCCAGUCGGGGGGAUGUCGGUGAAUGUCUAUUUAUUUUGUCUUACCCUCAUCUGCACGCCCCUCAUCUUCCUGGGCAGCGUUUACUCGCUGACCUGCCUGCUGAGGACGAGAAACAAGAACUUCCUGGUGGUCAUUAUGGCUUCGCUUGCUAUAGAUGACCUUCUUUACGUGGUCGCUUUGUCCAUGUUCAUGUCCAUGCAGUGGGGAAGGGAAAAGGUGCCCAGUUCUGUGUGCACCAUUUCAGCCGCCCUCUAUCUAUUACAAGGGGUCGCGGCCGCUCUCAAGUCCUCGCUAAUCGUUUCCUACAACUACUAUACAACCAGGCGAACCAGGCUUUUCAGAGGCAACCAGCAAUCUGUUCCCAUGAUCUGGCUCCUGGCGAUUCUAUGGGCUAUCAGUCUGCUAGUGAGCGUCCUGCCUGUCUUUGGGUGGGGCACUUUCAUCUCAACACCAUGGGGGUGCCUUGUGGACCACAGAAGUUCUUACGUGCCACUUCUCUUUGCUCUGUACUCCGCUUGCCUCCUCGUCCUCACCACCUUCUCCGUCCCCCUCACCUACAAACUGCUUUGCUCUGCGGGGCAGCAACAGACGCGGUUAAAUCCCAGUUAUCACCAAGUGACUAACAGUACGGAUCCUGCGGGUAACGUGUCCGCCUUGGAGAACCCGGUGGACAGAACUUUAAGGUGUCUCCCGACCGAUAUAAACUGGAGUUCUGAUGUGAAAAGUCAGGCUGAUGUGCUUCACUCGUCACAUCGUCAAAGCAACGGCUUCAAACACAGGAACCAAACAGUCGAGUUCGCUCAAAAGCGCUUUUCCUUAAUAUUAGCCAUGAUGAAAGUUGUCCUGUGGUUACCAUUGAUGAUACAACUGCUCGUCCAUCAUGUCACCAAACUUGAGAAUGAGUCCUUCGAAUCUUUGGGUUUUGUCCUGACCUUGCUGGCAGCUGCUAUAACACCAGUGUUUGUUCUGUCUGAAAGAUGGAUUCAUCUGCCAUGUGGCUGCAUCAUCAACUGCCGAAAAAAUGUGUACACAGUCGCAUCAGAACCAGCCAGAGCAAAACGAAGAGGCUUUGAAUUCAACCUGUCAUUCCAGCAAGGAUACGAGGUGUAUAAGAUAUCCCAAGCAAACAGCUGCAGUGUUGAAGAAAACAAGUCUCCAUCACACCAUAGUCUGACCGCCUUCGUAUCAGAGUGCAGCAAAUUUGCCCCGGUCCAACAAAAGGAAACUCAGAGCGACGCCAGGGUCGAGAUCAGCACCACCGCUCCUCGGGACAGCUCCCUGCGGGGUUCAACAGACCAGAGCGCAGAGGCGUGCAAAGUCACCACUCGUCAGGACAAGGGGAGCAGCAAGGAACCCAGAAGGUCAGGCGCAGCUACUCCGGAAGGCUCAGAGCGCAAAUUAGCCCAGGAGGAAGGACGCAAGUUGGAGCUGGUUGACUGGGAGUGGUGUCGAAGCAAGUCUGAAAGGACUCCACGACAGAAAACAGAUGGAUUGUCUAUCCCGCUGUGUGCGUUUCAGGGAACGGUCUCGCUGCAUGCUCCGACCACCGGCAAGACCCUCUCCUUGUCCACCUACGAAAUCAGUGGGGAGGGGUGCAAGAUAACUCCAGUGGCCAAGAAAGUCGAGGUGUAUCGCUCCAAGAGCGUUGGGCAUGAGCCCAGUGCUGAGGACAUGCCAGGCUGUCUGGCUGACACCAGUGUCAAAAUCCACCUGGAGGUGCUGGAGAUCUGCGAGAACGAGGAGGCGCUGGACACUGUGUCAAUUGUCAGCAACAUCAGCCAGUCUUCGGCACAAGCUCGCUCACCGUCCUUGCGCUACUCGCGUCGUGAGAACCGUUUCGUCUCGGUGGACCUGGCCGAGUCGGCCUCCUACUCACUGAUCAUUCCCACCGGCCACUCGGGUAGUGACAUCAGCAUAUCGAUCCCGGACACAGUGGAGGCUCACAGACAGAACAGCUGCAAACAGCACCACGACAGAACCGGCUACCAGGAGGAGAUACAGCUCCUGAAUGAAGCUUAUAGGAGACAAGAGGAAAUAUCUAAUAAUUGCUGA